AUGACGAAGGCGGAAGACACCCGGCCUCACCUCCCCGGGACCUUCACCUCCCUCGGUCACGCGCCUUUCGUGCAGCCAUCCUCGUACCUUCGCCCUCCAAUGACCUCCUACUCCGAGAGACCAAUCGAUCGGGAAGAGCGACAAGGCCUGCGCGCCAUUCGCAACUUCCUGAAGGUCCGCACGAGUUACGAUGUCCUCCCUCUCAGUUUCCGACUCAUCGUCUUCGACACCUCGCUUUCUGUGAAGGAAAGCUUGAAUAUUCUGAUCCAAAAUGGCAUGUGGUGCUCUCCCACUUCCCCCUCUCCCCGCGACAAUCCCGCUGUGGAGCGCAUCGUUUCAGCCCCGUUGUGGGACUCGAAGGCAUCAAAAUUUGCAGGUCUUCUGACCACCUCCGACUACAUCAACGUCAUCCAAUACUAUUUCCAAAACCCCGCUGCACUCAACCAAAUCGACCAGUUUCGGCUGGAUAGCCUCCGUGAAGUGGAGAAGGCAUUGGGAGUCGCGCCGCCUGAGACCAUCUCCAUCGAUCCCGAACGACCGCUCUACGAAGCUUGCCGCCGGAUGCUCGAGUCCCGUGCGCGUCGUAUUCCGCUCGUCACCAAUGACAGCCAGACCGACCGAUCUCAUGUUCUCAGCGUUAUUACUCAGUACCGUAUCCUGAAGUUUGUCGCCGUGAACGUACCCGAUACUCAGAUGCUGCGUCGCCCUCUGGGCGAGCUCCUGCUUGGGACCUACGAGAACAUCGCGACUGCAUCCAUGGACACUCCCGUCAUUGAUGUAAUUCACAUUCUGGUCGAGCGCAGUAUAUCGAGUGUGCCCAUUCUGAACUCUGAGGGUAUGCGAACCUGCCAACGGGCGCCCCCAUCUCCCUUUUUUGGGAGUUUCUACUACCAUCCACGUCCCCAUGCUAAAUGCCUUUGUCUCAUUUGUCUAGGUGUUGUGUACAAUGUCUUUGAAUCGGUGGAUGUCAUUGCGCUGAUCCGAGGCGGUGUCUAUGAUGAUUUGAGUCUCACGGUGGGAGAGGUGCUGAAGAAGCGCUCGCCAGAAUUCCCCGGUAUUUACACCUGUUCCUUGAAUGACGGUCUGGAUACUAUCUUCGAUACCAUCCGCAAGUCCCGAGUUCACCGUUUAGUUGUGGUGGAUGAGCACUUUAAGCUCAAGGGUGUGCUGACCCUGAGUGAUAUUCUCCACUACAUUCUCCUGGAAGGAGAAAAUGACGAAGUAUGA